AUGUCGAAGCCAUCGCUGUACUGGGCAUCGGACAGCGGUUGCGGAAGCGACGACCGCGUUGCCGUGGCCUUCUGCGUGACAGCCGUGAGUGCCGACUCUAGGGAGUCGAGAGUGGCCAUUGGUAGUGUCGACUACAAGGUAGUCUAUUAUGAUAUCCUUGCAAGCAACAACGCCGCCGCUGCUACUGCCGCUAACAUUGCUGCCACGGCUCAAGCCAAAGCUCCCACGGCCGAUAGUUUUCCUACAGAGGGUACACUCAUGGGCAAAGAAGCCCAGCCAGAAAGCGAGGAAGGUCAAGCGGAUGAGCGCCAAGAGCACGAGAUUGCUGCUCUCCUUGAACACCGUAUGAUUGGUGAUGGAACUGGAACCGUCGAACUACUAGUUCAUUGGGUUGGUGAAGUGGCCAAGGAUGCCACGUGGGAAUCGGAAGACGAGAUCCAGAGGGGCGCGGAAGACGCUCUCUACACCUACUGGAGUACUCAAGGUGGGCGACAGAAUGCGCUUUUCAUCAUACCCAAGAACCCUCCUCCUGAGAGAUAUCACAUGUUCAGGAUCCUUGGCCACGAGAGGAAAUCGGGAGGAGCUUUCCUGUUCAGGGUACAGUGGAUUGGUCAUCCUAACACGCGGGGUGAAACGUCAAUAGAGGCUGAGACCAAGCUCAGGAAUGUAGCGCUGGAGCUGCUGGACCGAUACUGGGAGAGUGUCGGCGGCCGUGACAGCCACGUGGUGAAGCGUGGCCGUAACAAAAAGGCCAGAACCAAGUAG